UAUGUCAAUUGUUUGUUUUGAGUGUUCCUAUAUUUUCAUCUAUGGUUGUAGUUGUUUAUCGCUGUCAAAAUUUGACGUUUUAUUUCUUUUAAAAAGUUGUGAUCAUGGCGCGUGUACCACCCCCCGCGCUUCCCAAGAAGAAGGAUAAGAAAGACAAAAGGCCUCCCAAGGAUAAUUCCAAAAAUGUUAUGAGAAAUCUACACAUCAGAAAGUUAUGCCUUAACAUCUGUGUUGGUGAAUCUGGUGACAGACUGACACGUGCUGCUAAGGUGUUGGAACAACUGACGGGUCAACAGCCAGUCUUCUCUAAGGCUCGCUACACUGUGCGGUCUUUUGGUAUUCGUCGUAAUGAAAAGAUUGCUGUUCACUGCACAGUUCGUGGUGCCAAGGCUGAAGAAAUCCUCGAAAGGGGAUUAAAAGUAAGAGAAUAUGAACUGAGACGAGACAACUUCUCUGCCACUGGCAACUUUGGUUUUGGUAUUCAAGAGCACAUUGACUUGGGUAUCAAGUACGAUCCAUCCAUUGGUAUCUACGGUCUUGACUUCUAUGUAGUGUUAGGCCGCCCAGGGUUCAAUGUUGCACACAGAAGAAGAAAAACUGGUAAGGUUGGUUUCCCUCACCGCCUGACAAAGGAAGACGCUAUGAAGUGGUUCCAACAGAAAUACGAUGGUAUCAUCCUUAACAGCAAAAAGUAAAUUAAGUAAAUAAACUUUUAAGAAGA